AAUCCUCUGUCUCGAAGGUUCCAUCUCGCGUCGCCGGUUUCUUCGUCCCCCGUGGUGGUCGAGCGCGCGGAGGGGUUUUCGAGCGCGAUGGCCACUUCCGGCGAUCAAUCGGCUGGCGGAGGGUCUGCGGCGCGGGCGUCGAGGCUGCGCUACCCGCUGCGGUCGGCGAGCAGGGGGAAGGUGGCGGCGGGUGCGCCUCCCACCAUCUCCGCUCCGAGAAGGGCAAAACCAUCUUCAGAUGUCAGCAAGAGCAUGUGUCUUGACCUUUCUGUGAAGGAUAAAUCAGCCAAACCUCCACGGAGGCACUCAUUACAAACUAAGCCAGGAGCUAGUCCAAAGCCAACUCCUUCUGGAAUCAUUACUCCAGUAUCUGGGAUUCGGUCAAGGAGAUCAAACAGCCAGGGGAGGUUUGAUACUCCAACAUCAGAAGUGUCCAUGUCCACCGCAAGGCGCAAGUUCAGCACGCUGUCCUCAAUCUCGUACUGGAUGACACAGAUCAGGCUGGCAGAGGCUGCUUCCAAGCACUCAGUUGCCCUGGGAUUCUUUAAGCUUGCUCUUGAAUCAGAAUGUGAGCCUCUGGACCGGAUGAGGGAAGAACUCAAAUCCUAUGUUGCCCGGCAUGGCCUAGCGGCAGAAUUGGAGGAACCAGUAAAAGACAUUCUUCUGGUUUAUGAUAUUGUGGAGGAUUUUGAGAAGCUGAAGAUCUCUGCAGAGCCCUCACAGCAACCAAGAAAGUCUGACAAUGCUGCUCGUGCUGCCACCAAUGUGUCACCCAAUGGUAACCUGAAGCCAAGGUCACUGAACUCUGAGGCAACUGAAAGUAAGGUAGCAGGAAAGAAAGAGAACAUUCAGAAGGCGAAGCCUGAUGCAAGGGUCAGAGCCUCAUGCAACAAGAAUCCUGCCAAAAACACCACAGCAAAGGAGGUGGUUCCCAAGAACGCCGGUAAGAAAACCAAGAAACAGUCGAAGGGUCAACAGCAAGUUAGCAAUGGAGGUAGUGAGGCUUCGGCCGCUUGUCCACAUCAAGAUCCUGCUGAUGUGGUGAUGGAGAGUACACAUGAGGAUAAAGAGAACAUGGGGGAUACUGAGAUGCCCAUGGAUGCUGGAAUUCCCCAAGAAGCCUAGAGCAGCCGGACCGACUUCAGAUUCAAUCCUUUUUUUUAUCGCUGAAGAUGAAGUACUAGCGUGUGGUUGCUUGUUUUGGUUUCCAUUGUUAAUAUGUGAUUGCCGAACCGGGUCUUGGAGAGAGUGAGUGCAUUGUUCUCUGAUGGGUGGUUGAUUGCUUGCUUGCUUGUAUUCCAUUAUUAAGAUUGCUUGCUGCUUUGCAUGUACUAGCCGUGCAUCUGAAUAUAGUCGAGUUUACUUAUUCGUGA